GAUUAUAUAAAGACUAUCAUUGUUAGUCAAGAUGAACAUAAUACAUCUCAUAUAACUGAACCAGUAGCAUUUAAAGAAAUUUUACCAUUACCGAUCAUUGUUACCCAAGAUGAACAUAAUAAAAAUGUAUAUUAUGCUGAAAGUAAAUGGUAUGGAA